AAUGUUGGCUACCAGGGUAUUUAGCCUAAUUGGCAAGCGAGCCAUUUCCACCUCAGCGUGUGUGCGAGCACAUGGGAGCGUGGUGAAGAGUGAGGACUAUGCCCUCCCCGUCUAUGUUGAUCGGCGUGACUACCCCCUGCCUGACGUGGCCCACGUGCAGCAGCUGUCUGCCAGCCAGAAGGCGCUGAAGGAGAAGGAGAAGGCCCCAUGGAGCAGCCUGACCCGGGACGAGAAAGUCGAGCUGUACCGAAUUCAGUUCAAUGAGAGCUUCGCAGAGAUGAACAGGGCCACCAACGAGUGGAAGACGGUAGUGGGUGCAGCCAUGUUCUUCAUCGGCUUCACGGGCCUCAUCCUGAUCUGGGAGAAGCACUAUGUGUAUGGCCCUGUCCCGCACACCUUCGACGAGGAGUGGGUGGCCAUGCAGACCAAGAGGAUGCUCGACAUGAAGGUCAGCCCCAUCCAGGGCUUCUCUGCCAAAUGGGACUAUGACAAGAACGAGUGGAAGAAGUGAAAGCCGGCAGGCCGAGAUCCCCCCUGAGCGGCAUAGCCACUGGGUACCGCACGUCCCACUGUAUCAAGGCUAAUAAACGCCCUGUUUAUGCGA